AUGUCAUCCGAAGAAAUGAAAAUGUUUAAAGAAGGAAUCAAUUUGAUCCUCAACUUUUGGUGGAGGAUUCGAGCAUUGGACGAGGAUCGUAAGAGACCUUACUUUUCCAAAAGAGCGUUCGAACUACGUAAUGGCAUUUAUAAAAGGUUUGUUGAAUACGAGUCCAAGGGAGGAGAACUCAGUCCUAGGUCAAUCCAGCAUACCCUUAGGCAUUUUAUGAAUCUCUUAUUCAACGAGACUGGUGAAUUUGACAACACUUCAUUUGAGGUUUCUGUACUACUAUGCGAAAUGUACCAAGAAUGCUCAAAAGGUAAUUACGACUCUGUUGAAGUAAUCGGACUAGCCAAUAUUAGCCAAAGUCGUCGUAUAAUGGGGAUGAAGGCCCAUUUGAAUGAAACCAACGGUUCUGAAUCUGGAGCUUUGCAAGGAGAACACCAGGUGAAACUGUUUAGAGAACAGAUUCUUGAGCUGUUGGAAGAAUUGUGGAAUUCUCAUGUCUAUGUUCCUCCUGGUCAUCCAUGCAUAACUACUCCUGAUGAACCAUGCAUAACUACUCCUCAACAAUUUGCAGAUGAUAUCACCUUUUGGUUCACACAGGGAAAAAAGUUGAUUACUCAAAGAUAUUUAGAAUGGAUACUCGUAAACACACUAUCUCUUCUCCCCAUAUCCGCCCCUCUUGUUGGAGGCAUUGUGAAAGAUGUGGCUGAAAAAGUCAUGGCUAUAUCUAGAAAAUGCUCAAACUCUGACAUAAAUCCUAGCAAGAAGCCGAGGGUGAAAUAA